GUCUGCUACUCACUGCCUUUCCUCACCUCAUAGUCGAGAACAGAGGAACGGAAUGGAUACGGAAGGGAGCCAAAGCAGCCUGUCCUCGGUGGACAACUCCCCCCACGACCCUUGCAAAAUGUUCAUCGGGGGUCUCAGUUGGCAGACAACACAAGAGGGUUUGAAUGAAUACUUCUGUAAAUUCGGCGAGGUGAAGGAGUGUAUGGUGAUGCGAGAUCCAGUUACGAAGAGAUCAAGGGGAUUCGGGUUUGUCACAUACAUAGACCAAGCUGGUGUGGAUAAAGUUUUGGCGCAAAACAGACAUGAGCUGGAUUCUAAAACAAUUGAUCCCAAGGUAGCGUUUCCUCGUAGAGCCCAGCCCAAGCUGGUGACCAGGACAAAGAAGAUAUUUGUGGGAGGUCUCUCUGUGAACACAACCAUCGAAGACGUCAAGCAGUACUUUGACCAGUUUGGAAAGGUUGAUGAUGCCAUGCUCAUGUUCGACAAAACCACCAACAGACACAGAGGUUUCGGCUUUGUGACCUUUGAGAAUGAAGACAUGGUGGAAAAAGUGUGUGAGAUCCACUUCCACGAAAUCAACAACAAAAUGGUGGAGUGCAAGAAAGCCCAGCCCAAGGAAGUGAUGUCACCGACGGGUACGGCUCGAGGUCGUGCCAGGAUUAUGCCCUACGGCGUGGACGCUUUCAUGCUGGGGAUCGGAAUGCUGAGCUACCCAGGCUUCCAAGCAGCUACGUACGCUAGCCGCAGCUACCCUGGCAUCGCUCCUGGAUACACCUACCAGUUCCCUGAAUUCCAUUUAGAGAGGACCCCCCUUCUGACAUCACCCCACCCCUCUGAGCUCACAGCCAUUCCACUGUCAGCUUACGGACCAAUGGCAGCGGCAGCAGCAGCUGCUAUGAGAGGUUCCACCCAGUCACGUAACUCAGGCUACCUGGGCACCAGCAGCCCUGGGCCAAUGGCUGACCUGUAUGCAGCAGCAAGUCAGGACUCAGCAGUCAGCAGCUAUCUCAGCACAGCCAGUCCUGGCCCCAACUCAGGAUUUGGCCACGGUCUCGGGGGUCCUCUGAUCGCAGCCUUUACCAAUGGGUACCACUAAGUAGAUUCAGCCAAUCACCGGACACGGAAGGAGGUUUCUUCUGCUGACGAGCCAAUCAAACUGCUGUGUGCCUACCCAUGGCACAAUCCAAUUGGCAGCCACAGGUCAAACCCCACCCCUGGCUCCCUCUGAAUCCACCCACCGACUGAAGAAGAUAUUUUAUAUUUUAGGCUCCUGUAUCUUGUAUUACUGUACUAAUAUCACUUCCUCUUCUCAGUCUCUUCCUCUAUUCUUUACCUUCACGUAGGUUUAUUUAAUUAGAUUCCAAUGCUGUUUCUUUUUAAAAAAUUGUUCUGACAGAAAAAUACAUGUGAAAAGAACGACUGGGUUGCGCUCAUGGCAAACACAGAUUCUGUCAGAUGUAUUUUUACUUUAUAUCUGAUGAAUUUCUAUUUAAUCACAAUGUUUUGAUUUAUUGUCUGCUCCUUUGACCUCCCUUUAAUGUGUUACUGAGGUGAGAUGGAGAGAACGAGGAGAAUAGAGGGGCAGAGAGAACUGAAAUGGUGUGUGGGAUUGGGUCUCCUUGUCAAAAGGAGUACCUAACUCAUUUUAAACAGUUGAAGAACAAAGAAAUGAUGUCCCAGGAAACAUGAAAAGAAAACUAAAAUGUAUAUUUUGAUAGUUUUUAAAACAAAACAUUUGUAAUAUUGUUAUUAAUAUUGAACGUAAUGAUGAUAAUCGGGAAGGUAUUUUUUUCCGUAAUUGGUUUUGAAAGGAAUAUUUUAUUUCCUUCCUGUAAAAUAUUGUAUAUAGAGUUUUUGAGGGGGGGGGUUGUACUUUGAUUGGCAGGUAAGGUUAAUCGGUCGGGCGCCAUUUAAACUGGAAGUCUUUUUAACUUCUACUUGAAAGUGGCUAUGCCCUCAGCAUUUGUUUAAUGUUUAGGCCAACAACAUGCAUGAGCAGGGUUGAAGACUAGAUGAUAUUUGUAAAUAAGUCGGAGUGAUAAGAUCCUAUUCAUUAGAAAUUGGUUUCAGAGAUUAUCCAAAAGUAACAACAAGAGAACACGCUUGAAUUUACAUGCAGUUGAGUUUCAUUCCGUGUCUUACUGUAAACAUGUAUUAACUGUAGUGUGUGAAUUCCAAAUCUGCAUUUUGUCAUACAGCGCUACAACAGAGUUAUUGAUUUGUGCCAGUAACCGGUUUCUAUUGAAUCGGGCCCCUUAAAGGCACAGUCUUAUCACGUCACAUGAACAUAAAAAUAGAAUUACUUGAAUGGGGAUUCUAGUAAUUCUAGUUAUAUGGACAUGACAUCCACGUAUCCCUCAGAAGAACUUGAAUUGGAACAGAUGAUUGGAUAAGGAAAAACUUAAACGAGGCCCUGUUUUUUUAUAUAUUGGCUAUGGUGAGGGUGCAUGGGUGGGGUUAAGGGGGAUUGGGUGGGUUUUAAUACAGCUUUUUGGUGGGAUAUAUUUUGUGCUAUUUUAGGUAUAUUUUGCGCUAUUUUCCUUCAUUAUGUUUUUUCUUUCUUUCUUGGUGUUCAGUGUACGGGUCAUAUGGACCAUAGAAACAAAUGAAGGACAUACUUAACAAAGCAAUUGACUCUUAAAAUACUAUUACAUCAUGGUUGUAUUUGUCCUCUGAUGACUUCUGAAAGUGUGUGUGUCAUUAUGUGUGAAAGUGUGUUUGUGUGUGUGAGUGUUUGUGUACACGCAUAAUAGUGCGUGUACACAAACAAUGGGGCGGCAGGGUAGCCUAGUGGUUAGAGCGUUGGACUGAAAGGUUGCAAGUUCAAAUCCCUGAGCUGACAAGGUACAAAUCUGUCGUUCUGCCCCUGAACAGGCAGUUAACCCACUGUUCCUAGGCCGUCAUUGAAAAUAAGAAUUUGUUCUUAACUGACUUGCCUAGUUAAAUAAAGGUAAAAUAAAAAAUAGUGAGGUGAAGUAUGGAACUAGCAAUAUUUGACAGUUGAGAUGCAUUUGUUUGAUUUUGGUAAAGCCAUUUUGGUACUGAUAUGUUUGUCUGGUUCCAUUUAGUCUAACACCCUGCACAUAGGGACUAGGGCUAGAUAAAUCAAAAUAGAAUAGGGCCUCUGUCCCAGUCAGUACAGAAAAUAGGUAUACACAGACCAGUAGCUGGAAGGGAGGAGGAGACAGUGUGUCACAAAGCUAUUUCAAUGAAAAUCACAUGAAUUUUGUACAUUUUCCUCGAAGUCUUCCAAUAAACAUGAAAAAGAAUCUCCCAUUUUGAACUGGCUAGUACUGCCCUUUUCCAACUGGCUGGGUCACUACACAAAACUACUGCUGGACACGAACACUGUAACUUUUUAACUUACAAAAAGCAAUAAGUUAUUUUUUACCUUAGAAAUAAUAAUGAUAUUAAUAGCAAUAUGAGUAUUGAUAAUUCCAUGGCAUUAAGACUUAUUUUCAGAACAAAAAAAUAUAUUUUUUUCUUUUGUACGAUUUCGUUCCCCAUGUACCAUAAUGAUUCAGUGAUUUUUAAGACGCUGGUGUUUCUUUUGUUUGUUUGUGUUGAUGCUUUCUUCAGGGUCGGGAAAGGGGCAAGGCCUUGGUUGUUAGAGCUCCAAGGUCUUGCCCAACACUGUAACUCAACUUUUAUUUGGACUGUUCCCCGCCCGUUUUGUCAUAUGUAUUUCUUAUUUUGUUCUACUCUGGAAAUUUCAAUUUUACAAUUCCUAAUAAAUUAUUUUAAAGUA